CAGCGAAGAAAGGCGCGAGUCGGAUAGUUAAGACAUCGCGUGUAGUAAUGUAAAUAGCCUACUGUCGAAAAAUAUUAAAAUAUCCACAGUUCAAAAUUAAUGAAGAGUCAGUUUCACAAAACGACGGCUGAUACCUACUAAAGGAGUAAAAUAAAACGGAAUAUCUGACAACUAGAUCCGACUGAAGUUACAGAAAAUGACUGAAGUAGUAGAACACAGAUUCUGCUGCUUCCGCGAUGCUGGGUGCAGUGAAAAUGGAAGGACACGAACAUUCAGACUGGACCAGCUAUUACGGAGAGCCCGAGUGCUACACAUCGGUGGGCGGCAUGAAUCCGGGACUUGGCAUGAACAGCAUGAAUACGUACAUGAGUAUGCCAGGAAUGAGCUCCACGGGCAACAUGACGGCCAGCUCUAUGAACAUGUCCUACGUGAACACCGGGAUGAGCCCCUCAAUGCCGGGCAUGUCAGCGUGCACAGGGGCCAUGAACGGCAUGGGCGCUGGGAUGGCGGGCAUGAGCGCCUCUCUCAGUCCCAGCAUGAGCGCUAUGAACGCCCAGCCUCCAUCCAUGAAUGCUUUGACAUCCUAUACGAACAUGAACGCAAUGAGCCCCGUGUACGGGCAGUCUAAUAUCAAUAGAUCAAGGGACCCGAAAACCUACCGAAGAAGCUACACGCACGCCAAACCCCCUUACUCUUACAUCUCCCUCAUCACCAUGGCCAUCCAGCAAUCUCCCAACAAAAUGCUCACCCUCAGUGAGAUUUACCAGUGGAUCAUGGACCUUUUCCCUUUCUAUCGACAGAACCAGCAGCGCUGGCAGAACUCGAUCCGCCACUCUCUGUCCUUCAAUGACUGUUUCCUUAAAGUGCCGAGAUCACCCGACAAGCCUGGCAAGGGCUCUUUCUGGACUCUGCACCCGGAUUCGGGGAACAUGUUUGAGAACGGCUGCUACCUUAGGAGACAGAAGCGCUUCAAGUGUGACAAGCUUCCAAAGGACUCGGGCAGGAAGGCUUCUGAUGGGGGCUCUCACAGCAGCUCCGAAAGCUGCAACGGCAACGAGUCUCCCCGCUCCAAUGCGUCCUCUUCAAACGAGCACAAGCGAUCCAUGCCGGACAUGAAGUCAAACCAAGCACUGAGCCCCGGACAUGCGGCUUCCCCAGCGUCUCAGGCACAGCAUCUGAUGUCCCAGCAUCACUCGGUCCUCGCCCAUGAAGCGCACCUAAAGCCAGAGCACCACUAUUCGUUCAACCACCCUUUCUCCAUCAACAAUCUAAUGUCCUCCGAGCAGCAGCACCACAAAAUGGACCUUAAAACGUACGAGCAGGUGAUGCAUUAUUCUGGUUAUGGGUCUACCAUCUCAGGAGCCCUUUCCAUGGGUUCAAUGGCCAGCAAAACGAGCUUAGACCCCUCGCAAAUUUCUAGCGACACGUCUUACUAUCAAGGUGUGUAUUCCAGACCUAUCAUGAACUCUUCUUAAAUGUUCUGAGACCCAAUGGACCUUUUCUCCCCCCCCACGAUUUGUAAAUUUGUAAAAUGAUAGUUUGUGAACACGCAUUCCGAAAUAUUUUUGAUGUUUCUCACUGACGUGUCGAGGUUGUUUAGUAUUUUUUUUGUAAAGGGGUGUUAUAUGUCAUAAUAUGUGGCAAAACAUUUGUUUUCAUGCCCUGCAGUUUUUACGGACCAAAAAUGAUGUAUUGUUGAAAAAAAAGAAAAGAAGAAAAAAAGUCUCAAUAUAUUGUGUAAUUGAAUAAUAGACGCUGUUUUUCUUCAAACCACUAAUUCGUCGUUUGUGUGUUCCUUAUUUAUGACGUGUAAAUGUGGAUUCUGGUAGAAAACAAGAAUUACAUAAUCUAUAUUAAAGUGUUAUUCCAACUUUCUCUGAAUUUUCUGUGUGUGAGUUUGUCCCCCUGAUAGUCAUUUGCUUAUUAAUGUCUAAUUACAUUUACUUGGUUGAAGUCCCUAUGAAAAUACAAUAGGCCCCUCUUAUUUCGAUUAGAAGGUUAGAGAAAAACUAAGUAAUAGAUUGAACACAGAUUGAUAAAAAAAAAAACUGUUACAUUUUUGGUAAAACAAUGUAUUUGUGAUACAUUUCUGGGUUCCUUCUAUUCAGCCUGCUAACAUUUAUUGGCGAACCAAGAUAAUCCUAAUAUUUUUAGACAAGCUUCAUUACAUAAAAAACUUGUAAAAGUGUUACACAUGUAAAUCAUUUGUUUUUCUCGCGUGAAUUGAGAAUGUAUA